CUCUGAUUGCCCUCAUCCAAGGGGAAGAUCACAGGAUCACAGAACAUGAAGGUCUCUGCAGCCCUUUUCAUUCUUCUCCUCAUUGCAGCCUUUUGCUCCCAGACUUUCUCUGGCCCAGCUGGAUCUGAUGCCCCAAUUUGCUGCUUCUCUUACACACGCCACAAGCUCCCACGGAAGCUCAUUGGACGUUACUACAGCACCAGCACCAGCUGCACGCUGCCAGCCAUCGUGUUCAUCACAAAAAAAGGCCGCCAGGUCUGUGCCAAUCCCAAUGAUGUCUGGGUUCAAAGCUACCUGGAGAACUUGAAGCAGAAGUGAGCAAAGGAAGAUGACAAGUGUAGCUGCUGUCGUGUCAUCCUGAGCCCCUGCAUGGAGCAGGACACUGGGGCAAGAGGAGCUGUGUGAGCCCAACCCAUCUGCAAGCAGCUCCACGAGUCCGCUGGAAGGACACCAGAAGGCAUCUCGUGUCAAGAUGCUGCUGCUUGCCCUUGCCUUACACAGACCACUCUGCAACCUCAUCCCCCUGCCCUGACACCCCCACUUGUGGCCUGGGGGGGUCCAUGGCUCAGCACCUCUGCUGUUCUUAUGGUAUUUUAAAUUAUUGGAAGUAUUGUAUAAAACAGGCAGUGCUGCCUUCUGCAGAUGCUAUUUAUGGGAGGGUGGCUCAGCGUUGGAUGCUGGGUGGCCCUGCCUUACACGUGUGAAACCAUCAUUCUGGAGAAUAAAGAAUGUGGAGAAAG